UCAGGUGUGCUGGAGCACGGAAACCUCUAAAACAUCGUCCACCUCAGCCGCCAGAACAACAAAUCUGUUUAGAUUUUCAAGUUAUUUUAAAACUCUGAGAACACAGAGAACCCUUGAGAUCUUUUAUUUUUUUAUGACCAAGUUCACCUUGAAGCUGAAAACCUCUCCGGCUGACAACCAUCCACGACCCGGAGAUCUAAGCUUGGUGUGAUGUCUGGUCCGGUGUGGGAAUAGUGACACCUUCUCUGCAUUGAAACACAGGAGCGUCUCUUUUUGUUGAUAAAACCAUGGCUUUCCUCCUGUGCUGCUUCUUUUUGUCAAGUUGGACGGCUGUAGCUUUUACAUUUCCUCAUAACACUUUUUUGAAAAGCUCAAGAGCUGAAUUUGAAUCAUCUGGCAGUGGACCAGAUGAGUCUUUUCGAGGAAUAGUCAAAGUCGUCCCGCUGGAAGAUCACGCUCUGGCCCAGUCGGGGCUUUUCAGAGGGGGACCGUUCCCCAGAAGAUCCCCCUCCCUCGGCUCUAGGUCGUCCUUUCCUGCCUUCUUAUCACACGGGCGUCCAGGUCUGGCCCCGGCCUCUAAGGCUCCUGUGAGUCCACUGCACCUCCUGCGCUCUAAAACCCCGAGUGGAGUUGAGCUAAAGAAGAAACAGGGCCUGCAGAUGUGGCAAAGAGCCAUGGAUAAAGGAAACAAGAUGAGCAUGUCUAUGCCAGUGAACCUGAAGGACACUAAGCAGUCAUGCACAGCAGUGUCUUUCACUCAGCGUGUAACGGCAGACGGGUGCGACACGGUGACCAUGCACAACAAGUUGUGUUUCGGUCAGUGCAGCUCAUUGUUCGUCCCGUCUGAAGGAGGGUUCGCCGGUGUGGGCACUGGCACGGGGGCCCUUCUCCACCGGGCUCCCUGCUCUCGCUGCGCUCCGUCCAAAGCUCACACUGUGACUGUGCCCCUGCGCUGUGGAGCUCAAAUCCGGGAGAAGCGCGUGAUGGUGGUGGAGGAGUGCAAGUGCGAGACGGGCACCGAGGAAAGAAGCAUCGAGGCCACAGCUGCCAUGCAGCUGUAACCGCUUUGGAGGAAAGUAGACUUUCUCCUCAGUUGACCUCAACAUCACAUGUCAAAUCACUGCUGCAAUGUGGACUUUAUUUGUAGUUGUAACCCAUAUUUGUGCGUCUGUAUAUUUGUUUGUAUAAGAGUCUGAAUGGAAUAUUCAGAGUGAAAUAUUCUGGUGGCGUCUUCCACCUGUGAUUGUUGACAAAAUGACCUGUGCUCUGGUCAUGCACUUUUCUGUUGUAACAUGUGAAGCUGUUCAUAUUGGACAAACAUUCAAAAACAAACUGUGUUUCAGACUAAUCUUAAGUGAAACAAUGUGAUCUGUACGUUUAUCAUUAA